UUGUCUUAUGCAGCUCUUAAGUGGUUUCAUUCUUUCUUUCCAUGUAACGACAACAAUCCACUCAAUAGUUCAGUUGGCCAUAAUUUGCUGGAAGCGGCUAAGUGUUGCAAGCCAGUUGCUGUUAAAAGGGCACCCAUACCUGCCGAUAUUAUUAGAAAUAUAAUUAAUAAGUAUGCUGGUCCAUCAGCUAAUUUAAAGAAUUCACGUUUAGCUUGUAUUCGUUAGGUUUUUGCAAGGUUUUUUCGUUAUGAUGAGCUGAGCAACAUUUCUACCGCGCAUUUAAAGUUUUGUCCUGAAUACAUGAGGGCGUUUGCUCAUAGGGCGAAGAAUGACAUAUACCGGGAAAGUAAUUAUGUUUAUGUCAAGAGGCUAGGUAACAAUUAUUGUCCCGUGGCACUUUUAGAAAGGUAUAUUUUAAUGGGAGAUACUAAUCUCUCUAGCUCCACUGCGCUCUUCAGACCAGUAAGGCUGUUUAAAUCUACUAGUGAGUACAAGUUGUAUGGAGGGAAGUUAUCAUACACUAGGUGUAGGGAAAUCAUUAAGGAUUGUCUUAAAGAACUCGGUUUAGAUCAUAAAAUGUAUGGCCUCCAUAGUUUAAGAUCCGGAGGUGCUACCUCUGCUGUUAGUAACAAUCCUAACCUAUCAGAAAGGUUACUUAAACUUCAUGGACGCUGGAAGUCGGAUACUGCGAAGGAUAUGUAUGUCUAA